AUGGCAGGUCUAGACCUCAAUGUCGACUGGAAGUCGAAUCGAUGGGCCAUCGCCUAUUGUCUCGUGGCCGCCAUCGGUGCCCUCUGCUACGGAUACGAUACGAUCUACUACACUGGAAUUCAGGGCAUGGCAUACUUUGCUAAGGACUAUGGUGUGAAGACUGCAGAUGGCUGGGAGCUGUCAACGACAUUCCUGUCGCUGUCUGCCAGUAUCAUCUACGUGGGCGAGCUGGUCGGAGCCAUUGGUGCUGCUCCAAUCAACGACUUCUUCGGACGCCGCAUUGUGUUCUUGUCGGCUUCUCUUUGCAUCAUUGUCGGAGCCAUCGUGCAAGUGUGCUCGUUCGGCUCUGACCCCGUCUUCUACGUCAGCCGUGUCCUGAUCGGUCUGGGUAUUGGUCAGUUCACCGCUACCUGUUUGAUGUACAUUGGAGAAGUGGCACCCUCUGCCAUCAGAGGUCCUGCUCUCAUGUCCUUCCAGUUCAUGCAGUCCAUCUCGCAACUGGUUGGAGCCUGUGUCAACCAAGGCACAGAGAAGAUCCAGAGCGCCGAGUCUUACCGCAUUCCCAUGUGUCUGCUGGUUGUUCUUCCCGGCAUCAUGCUCCUGUGUCUUCCUUUCACCCCCGAAAGUCCUGUCUGGUACAUGUACAAGGACAAGCGUGACAAGGCCAUCAAGGCCCUCCGCAAGAUCAACCGCAGCGCCCGCGACUAUGAUCCCUCAAUGGACCUCCAGACGAUUGAUGACCAAGUUCAGAUGGAGCGCGAGAUGGCCAAGGACGCUACCUGGAUGUCCCUCAUCACCGACCCCGUUGAGCGCCGCAAGCUCUUCUACGCCUGCGGUGUCAUGUUUGUCCAGCAGAUCAACGGCAUCCAGUUCUGGUACACCUACGGUGUUGUCUUCGCCCAGUCAAUUGGUGUUGCCGACCCCUUCACCAUCAACACUAUCAUCUACGUCCUUCAGAUCAUCACCGUCGGUGUAUCAGUCGUCUUCGGAAACAAGAUCAAGCGCCGCACCAAUCUCCUCGUCUGCUCAGCCGGCAUCUUCGUCUCCCUCAUCGCCGUCGGUGGUCUCGGCACCACCCGCGCCGCCGAUGGCUCCUUCACCCGUGGCGUUGGCAUUGGCAUCGUCGUCCUUGCCUACCUGAACAUCAUCUUCUACAACUUCUCCAUCGGUACCCUCUCCUACUCCAUCGCCUCGGAAGUCUCCGUCGGCCGUAACCGAAACAAAAUCACCUCCUGCGCCAUGGGCGUCUUCUUCCUCACUGUCUGGCUCAUGGUCUUCACCAGUCCUUACAUGUACUACACCGGCGACCUUGGUCCCAAGAUCGGCUUCGUCUACGGAGGAACAACCCUUCUCCUGCUCGCCUUCUCCUGGUUCUGUGUCGGCGAGACCGCCGGCCGCAGCAACGCGGACAUCGAGAGACUCUUCCAGGACCGUGUCCCUGUCCGCGAAUGGGCUACCUAUGUCAUUCCUACGGAUGAUGUGACCUAUGUCAAGAACAAGGGCACUGAGGAUGAGCAGAUUGAGAUGGCAUGA